AUGGCACUCCUAACACCUCAGGGAGUAAAAGAAGUCUUCCAAUGUCAGAAGCCAGAAGGCCGGGAGCGUCUGCGGAAACUUCUGAGCUGGGAAGAGUUUGAUGAACUGAGAGACGCCCGCAGAAGCAUCCUGCUGGACACCCUCUACGACAGCGUCAUCUUUGCGGUGGGCAAAGGCUUCCCGUGGGUGGAGGUGGUCCAGGUGGUCAAGUUCACGGAAGAGCUGCUCAAGGAAACCAAAGGCUGCAGCAUCACUGAGGCUGUGACAAUCCUGGGGAACAAGCUCAGAGACUACCAGAGGCAGCUCAACACCACCCACCUGCUGGCCCUCUGCGACUACUUCCACAACACCUUCGUCCGCCACUACAAACUCUACCAGUAUGUUCUGAGCCAGGACCAGGACAUUACCCUAACCGUCACCCAGCUGGAGGUGUGCACGCCACCCCAGCCCCUGCCGCUGGCCAAGGGCAUGGACAGGGAUGUCUGGAGGCACGAGCAGCAGGUGGCUGAGCUCGGGAUGGCCGAGGUGCAGAAGCAUGCCAACGUGCUGCUGCUGAAGGAGGCGCUGUGCCUACAGCAGGAGCGCACGCUAUGGAAGGCGUUCGAGGACGUGCCCGCACAGCCCCACCAGCUCCUGAAGAGAGAGCAGGUGGAGGAGCUUGUCCGCGAGGCUGUUCGCAGCCAGGUUGCGUGUCUGAAGGAAUUGCUGCAGUAUGAGGUCCGGACAGCCUUUGAGAUUUUGGACCUGAAACUUCAGAAGAAGAUUUUAAAUCUCAACGCUCCUAUCCCCUUCCCUCCCCCAGUCACUGGCCAACCAGGCCAAGAUGAAUCUCCUAAGUCCCACAAAGCCAGAAAGGGAAAGAGAGCAAAAGCAGAGAAACGGAAGCCCUGGUGA